CCUUCCGACCCAGGUGGUGCAAGAUGGCGCCGGCGAGGCCGGCUGCGAGGUGGCGGAGCGGAGGAGGAUUUGCAUCGCGUGGGGACGGGACGCCUCCGGGCGGAUUCAGGAACCAGAGCGGGAAACGCAGGACCUGGCGGCCUAGCCACCAGCAAGCCUUCCGGGGGAGCGUUCGCGAGGGACAAGGUUUUGCAUUUCGGAGGAAGCUGAAGAUCCAACAAAAUUACAAGAAAUUGCUAUGGAAGGUAAAGAAGGCGCCAGUGUCACAGGAAUCCCAGUUCACUGAUCAUUACCCAGACCAUCUGAAGCACCUCUAUUUAGCUGAAGAGGAAAGACUCAGGAAACAGCAGAGAAAGGUUGGCCCACCUCCAUCUGAAGAUCAAGUUGACCAGCCCCUGCCUGAAGAAGAGUGCAACCCUGAGCAGACAUUGUCUGAAGAUCCAUCUAGUGAUCGCCAGCCUCAGCCAGAACAGCUGUAUACAGUAAAUUCUGAUACUAUUCCAAAGAAAAAGAAGAAGAAAACUUCAAACCAAAAGGCACAAGAAGAAUAUGAACGGGUACAAGCAAAGCGUGCUGCUAAGAAAUUCGAAUUUGAAAUGAGAAAGCAAGAAAGAGAAGAAGCCCACAGGCUCUACAAGAAGAAAAAAAUGGAAGCUUUCAAAAUACUGAGCAAAAAGACCAAAAAGGGCCAGCCAAACCUGAAUUUACAAAUGGAGUAUCUUCUUCAGAAAAUACAAGAGAACAGUUAAAAUAGACAUUUUGUCUUUAAGGAUUAAAUUUUGACUGACUGUUGCAUCCUUUUGUAUGUGUUGGGAGCUCCCAACAGUGAACUAAAUUUAUUGACAUCAAUGGAUUGAUAAAUUACUUUUUGCUUUUGUAAUAGGAAAAAAUUCUGUAUAUCUAUUCUCCACAAAGAAUGACUUUAUCCUGGACUUUAAAAACCUUCAAUGGAAUUUUUAUGAAAUAAACUGUUUUGAAACAGGAGGCCUGAGCUCCCAUGAAGCAUUUCAGUGACGUGUGAACCAAAGGGAUUAGCUGCCUCAGCUAGGCUAUGUCGGGAGACAAGAAGAAUUUUGUGGGUGAAAUAAUUGAGAAGUCUUCAAGGCUGCAAAGGCUAGAGGCAGAUGGAGCAGGAGCAAUUACAAGGAAAAGGUUUGCAAUGUAGUCAAGUAUAUAAAAAUAGUUACCGGUAGUGGAAUAAUGUUUUCCUUCUGUUCCUAACAGUUCCUCACAUACAGAGAAAACGUCACUGUCUUCUUAUUGGCUGACUUGUUUUGCCUUGGGACAGUGUCGUAACUUGUAUGUUUAAAAACAAACAUGCUGGUUUAGAGUACAUAUAAUCUCCCUAUCCUCCCACCCCACUUGUGUAUGUGUUUAUAUGCACAUGUACAUAUGUGUGGGCGUGUGUGUGGAGGCCAGCAGUUGAGGUCUUCAAUCACUCACAACCUCAUCGUUUGGGAUAGAGUUUCUCACUAACCUGGAGUCUUCCUGUCCCGGCCUCCCCAGCACUGGGGUUACAGGAACAGCAUUCUAGCCUUUGGGGAAUCCCAACUCAGGUCCAUAUCCCUGGACAGCACAGCAGUCAUUUUACUGACUGAACCAUCUUCUCUCGAGAUGGGUUCUCAUGCUAUUUUGCCUGAGCCAGCCUCAGUUCCUGAAUUCAUGAUCUUCAGCAUCCCAAGGAGCUAGUACUACAGGCACAUGUCGGCAUAGUAGACCAGAACAUACAUAUUCUUGACUGCCAUUCCCAUGAAUUGUAAAAAACGAGUUCUGUUGAGAAAGGAUAAGGGGGAUAGACACAGCAAGGGAUGUUGAGAAUUUGUUCUGUAGGCUGAGGUUACUGCUUAGUGGUGGGUAGAUUGCCUAGAAUGUACAAGGUCCUGGGUUAAAGUCCCAAUGCUGCAAAACAAAGUAAUUAAAAAGUAUGCCAUAUAUGUCCAAUUUGUCAAGACAAAGAUGAAAAAGGAUAACAAUGUACACAUGAAAUGAUAACAUACAUAAUAACCAUGUAUACACAAAGGGAUAACUAUGUAUACAUGAAGUUUUAGGUGACCAGAGACUGGCUUCAGACUUUAAACUUUUAAAAGGAAGUUUGAUCUUGGCUGUUGAUACAAGUUUGUAUUGGGCCGUAGUUUUAAUUUGUAAAAGUGCAGUAGGCCUUUAAUUGCUCCAUUUUGUACCUUAGUCUUUUUGAGAUAAGGUUUCUACAUAGCCUUGGAUGUCUUGGAACUCACUGUGUAGACCAGCCUGUCCUUGAACUCACAGAGAUCCGCCUGCCUCUGCCUUCCAAAUGCUGGGAUUAAAGACGUGUGUCACCACCCCCA